AUGUCCACAGCUGUGAUAUUGCCUGGAGCAAAUUUUCAGCUUUUCUCUCUUUUUCUCAUAUGUAACCUUUCUCUCUCUCUUACAUUUUCUCACUCUUUGUAUCAAAUUCUUUUAUUUGCAAACAAUUCUCUUUCUUUUGUUUUCCCAUAUCUUCUUAAAUGUUAUCACAUACUGAUUUUUCCUUUUCCCUCUUUUUCAUAUUUUUUCAUUCUUUCUCUAUCUCACAGUUUUCCUUUCUCUCCCCCGCUUUAUCUGGUUUUUUUUUGUUGUUGUUUCUUUUUUCUUUUUCUCCAUUUCAUGCUUUCUUCUGUCCUUCUUGAAAUCCUUAUGCUAUCACUUCUAUCUCACUCUCAUUUUUUUUUAUAUUAUCCACUCUCUCUCUCUCUCCUACUUUCUUUUUUUAUUUUACCUUUUCCUUCUUUAUUGGUUAUACUUUCCCUUCAUUUUUUCUCUUCCUCUAUAUUUCAGGUGUUCUUUUUCCCUUUCUUGAUUACAUAUUUUCUUAAAUUCCUUCCUCCUAUUCCUUCUCUUUCAUACUUUCAAUGUUUCAUUUUCCUCUUUCUCUCUUUCUUCACUCCUUUAAUCUAUUCAUUUCUCUCUGUCUCAUAUCUCUUCUUUCCCUACUUCACUUUGAUAAUUUUUUUCUUCUCUUUCAAGAUUUUUUGUUUUCUUUGA